AUGGAACUUGGGGAGACUGAUGAGGCUUCAGGUGAUUUGGUGCAACAUUUCGACAGUUUGGAGUUUGGCAGUUUUCAAACAGAUCUCUGGGAGCUGGACUAUAAUGGACGUGACGCUCCGGGGCGCCAUCCAGAUGUCGUGCCUUCACCGUCGGAAGCUGUAGAUCAGCCACCAGGUUCAUUUGUAGAUUUGCCAUCAGGUACGGUUCCACAUGAUGAGUUUCAAUCUUCAAAAGUCAAUUUUUCAAACUUGCUCACACAUGCAAUGCGUGACACAGCUGCAAGUUCUUUUGUUUUGCCUUGGGAGACGGAUGAAUGGGCAUGCAUUUUCAAUCCGGACAGUGACAUCAUGGACACGCUGCUCCCUUCGUUCGAACCCAAGUUGAAAGCAGUGAAACUCAAUCCUGUGAAUGAGGAAGUUGUUGCGGUUAGUGCCAGGGAUGGGAAACCCCAAUCACAUUUAGGAAAACCAUUCUUUCAAGCUGCUGUUUCACGUAGACAUGACGCUACGUGGACAGAAAAGAGAGAGGCUGAACUGCAACGGGCUUUGAAGAAGUGGUACGCCAUCAUUUGCAACUGGCCUGACAGCUGGUCCUGUAAAAGUGAACUUCUUGCUUGCGCCACAUCCUCAGAAGGACUCGAAUUGCUUGGAGACUAUUUGACUGGCAAAGCACCGGCGACGCUGGUAAAACGUGCAAACAGUCUCAUUUUCAUGCAGAACAUGUUGAAUCAGCUGGGGUAUUUUUGGCCUUUGUCUGAACCAGAUUUUUACAGGUUUUUGAAGACACUGAAAAGUGCUGGACACUCAACCAGCCGGCUGAAGUCACUCCUUGAGGCAGUAACCUUUUGCAGGUAUUCCUUUCAUUUGCCGGAACUGCACGACCUGACGGUCAGCAAGAGGUGCUUGGGGGCAGUAGUGGACGAUUUGCCAGGCAAGAUUAAACAGGCUGAACCAUUGACUGUCUUCGAUGUCAAACGGUUGCACUGGGUUUUGGAACAUGGUAAUGUAUGGGACAAAGUCUUCAGUGGUGCUGCCUUGUUUUGCAUCUACGCUAGAGCUCGUUGGAGCGAUUUCAUCCACGGGAAUCACCUACGGCUGGGCACACAGACAGACGGGACUAUUGUCUACGCUGACAUGGAGGUGCAGGUUCAUAAGACCAUGAAGGCUUCAGCAAAUCGAUUCAAGUUUUUGGAUCUUGUAGCAUCUGGAAUUGGAAUUGCAGGGCACAAUUGGAUUGGACAUUGGCUGGACGCACUUGGACACAUAGGACGUGAUCGACUCAGUGGGGUGGAUGGACUUUCCCUGAUGCCUGCGCCCGGUGAUGAUGGACAAGCUUUGCAACGCUCUUUGGAAAGCGAUGAGGCAAGCAAGUGGUUGCGUUUGAUUUUGGGAGAAGAGAUCAACAGAAAGGACAGCAAGAGACAGAUUUCAUCUCAUUCCCUCAAAGCGACCCUUUUGUCUAUGGCUGCAAAGAGGGGACUUCGGCAUGAGGAUAGGCUAGCAAUGGGACAUCAUAUUCACCCUUUUCGAAUGGCGGACGUCUAUGCUCGAGAGGCUCAAGCCAGAUGCAUCAGACUGAUUGACAGGCUGCUAGUGGAGAUUAAGACUGGCUUCUUUGACCCUGACGCGAACAGAGCGGGACGCUUUCACAAAGAAUUUUUGCCAGAUGAUUCAGAAGACUUGGGCGCUGAACGUUUCUCAGAAGAUGCAUCGGUCAGAGAUGACAUCACUACUGAAGUCAACAAAAAGCUCGACGAAGCUGAGAACGUAGUGCUCUCUCCAGACGAGCCACUGGAGGAGGGACACAUUACCAGCUCUUCCUCCGAAAGCGAGGCGGAGAGCGUGGAACUUGAAGCCCCAGUCAAAGUUUUUCACCCGCCUUCAGCGCCAGAUGGCUUUAGGUGUGAGUGGUACAGCCAUCACGUCUGGAAACAUGAGCUUCGUAUCGGUAACAUCAAUUCCUUUUCGGAGCUUGCAUUUUCGUGUGGCACUCCUAAUCGCCCACCAAGCGAUGAAGAGUUCAAGGCGCUGUCUGAUUCAGUGUUGGGAGGCGGGGCUUCAGCUGGACAGAUCGGCCUGCUUAGGGCGUUCACAUGUGCGCCUUUUGCAGACGAGUUGGCCAUUCUUUUCAAAAUUGCAAG